GGAUUGGAGAACGCGGAUUUUUGAGAGUGGAAGCGCUUAAGCGUUAUUUUGGCGAGCAAUAAGUUGAUUUCUAAGGUGUUUUUUGGCAUAAUCUGGACUGUGAGUGGAUCUGGAUGGCUAGUAGUAAUGGGGGUGUUCAGAAGAUGAAAAUAUGGACACAGGAUGGUCUACGGUAGAAAAUAGAAGCGGGGGAAGAGAUGAAGUUAAAAGGGGACUAAAUGCUGGUAAAAGAUCUCUUGAAGAUGAGGAAGAAAGGGGUGAAAUAAAGAAACCCACCGGUCGACACAUCACGAUACGUCAUCAGGAAGUCAUCAGAUUCCAAAGGCGACAUCAUGGCAGCCAACUCAAUCCCACAUGAAGACGAGAUGCCUGAACUUUCUGACGGAGAUGAUGAUGAUGUGGAUGGUGAUGAAGAGCAAUGGCAGUGGAUGGAGGAGGAGAGACAGAUCGUUACCUGUUUGUUCUGUGAAAAGUUUUUGGACUCUGUUUCUGCAACCCUUCAGCACUGCACAGCUGAACACCAGCUCAACCUUGUAGAAAUCAUAAGAAAGCACAGUUUAGAUGACUACGGUUACAUAAAAAUGAUCAAUUUCAUUCGCUUAACAAAAUGUUCUGCAUCCUUCCUGAUGGAGCUGUCAGAGGGCCUCCUACCCUGGGACAGUGAAGAUUUCCUAAAACCAGCCCUUCAGGAUGACCCACUGCUGCAGACAGACCCGGAGGAGCUGCGUGGCACCGAGGACACGUGCUCGUCAUCCAGAGGCGAUUCGAAUGAUGAGCUGCUCCACAGAAAGACGAGAGCCGAAGAACGAGUUCAGCGUUCAGAAGAGGCAGUGACCAGACUCAUGGAGGAUAUGCACAAACUAAAGCUCCUGGUUCAGGAUUUGGUGCUGAACUCAGAACCCGACCAGGCUGGCAACCUGGGCGCCGUCGCCGAGCUGCGGGAGGAUGAGGACGAGGCCUACUUCAGCUCUUAUGGCCAUUAUGGCAUCCACGAGGAAAUGCUGAAGGAUAAAGUGCGGACAGAGAGCUACCGCGACUUCAUGUACAAAAACCCAGAAGUGUUCAGAGACAAGGUGGUGCUUGAUGUGGGUUGUGGGACCGGCAUACUGUCCAUGUUUGCCGCCAGAGCUGGAGCCAAAAAGGUGAUUGCAGUGGACCAAUCAGAGAUCAUCUAUCAGGCAAUGGACAUUGUCAGGUCCAAUCAGCUGGACAACAUCACUCUGAUUAAAGGUCGCAUAGAGGACAUCAAGCUUCCUGUGGAGAAGGUUGACAUCAUCAUCUCAGAAUGGAUGGGUUACUUCUUGCUCUUUGAAUCCAUGUUGGACUCUGUCCUGUACGCCAGAGACUGUUACUUGGCUGACGGUGGUUCAGUGUAUCCAGAUCUUUGUAACAUCAGCCUGGCAGCUGUGGGAGACGCACAGAAGCACCAAGACAGGAUUGCAUUCUGGGAGGACGUAUAUGGCUUCAAUAUGGCAUGCAUGAAGACAGCGGUGGUGCCUGAGGCGAUGGUGGAAGUGGUGCAGGCGGAGACACUCAUCUCUGAACCUGCUGUUGUACAGACGUUGGACUGUAACACAGUGUGCCUGUCAGAGCUGGAGUUUACUACAGAUUUUCUGCUAAAGAUAACAAAAACCACAGACUGCACGGCAAUUGUCGGCUACUUUGACAUUUUCUUCAACAAAGGCUGCAGCAACAAGGUGACAUUCUCCACUGGCCCUCAAGUUACAAAAACCCACUGGAAACAGACGGUCUUCCUUCUAGAAACGCCCAUUUCUGUUAAAGCAGGAGAAGAGCUGAAGGGAAACAUCACCGUGCGUAAAAACAAGAAGGAUCCGCGCUCGCUCUUUGUCACCUUUGACCUUCCAGGCAGGAAGCAGACUUACAACCUCCAAUGAUGUCACCCAUCAUAGUAUCUGUAACCAAUCAUAGCUCUGAUUUUAUUUUACUUUUGAUAAUUCAUGUACUGAGCAAAAUAAAGGACAUAAUAAUUUGGU